AUGACCUUGAUCAGUUUACGUCUAAACAACCUAACACCCAACACAACAGUGCUGAUCACCGGUUCGAGCGGUGGUAUCGGCGCCGUCACUGCUGUCGAGUUCGCCCGAUAUGGGGCUCAAGUGGUGAUCACCGGUCGUAAUGCCGACAACUUGUCAGAAGUGGCCAAACAAUGUGCGGCCGUUUCACCCAAAGGCCUGAAACCACUGGAAGUGUUGGCAGACGUGAGUAAAGACGUGGACUGUAAACGACUGAUUGACAUGCUGAUCACCGGUUCGAGCGGUGGUAUCGGCGCCGUCACUGCUGUCGAGUUCGCCCGAUAUGGGGCUCAAGUGGUGAUCACCGGUCGUAAUGCCGACAACUUCGGUGGUAUCGGCGCCGUCACUGCUGUCGAGUUCGCCCGAUAUGGGGCUCAAGUGGUGAUCACCGGUCGUAAUGCCGACAACUUGUCAGAAGUGGCCAAACAAUGUGCGGCCGUUUCACCCAAAGGCCUGAAACCACUGGAAGUGUUGGCAGACGUGAGUAAAGACGUGGACUGUAAACGACUGAUUGACAGUACGAUCAGUGCAUUCAAACGGUUGGAUAUUUUGGUGAAUAACGCCGGAAAAGGAGUUUUUGCUCCGAUCACUGAUCCGUCUGUUCUCGACAAAUACCAGGAAGUGAUGGACACAAACCUGCGUUCAGUCGUCUAUUUAACACAUCUAUCGGUCGAACACUUGGAGAAAACUAAAGGCAAUAUAAUUAAUAUAUCGAGUGUUGCGGGACUUAAACCG